GCAAGAUUCAGUUUGCACACUCUCAGAGCUCGGUGCCCGCGCCCUGACCCCGCAGAACUUGGAGUAACCUCAAGCUGAGGAUCCAAACAUUCAUCCAGAGGCUGGCCAUCAUGCCGCGCUCCUUCCUGGUCAAGAGCAAGAAGGCGCACAGCUACCACCAACCGCGUUCCCCGGGGCCAGACUACUCUCUCCGUCUGGAGACUGUGCCCGCACCGGGCAGAGCAGACCCUGUGGAUGCAGGCGACGUGAAGACGGCACCCCGAGACCGUUUGUCCCCCGACUCUCAGCUAACCGAGGCUCAUGACAAAGCCUCCGCGACCCCCGACAGCUGCGAAAGCAGCUUUUGUGACCAGAGCUCCGAGUUCGAGGACUUCUGGAGGCCCCCUUCUCCCUCGGUGUCUCCAGCCUCUGAGAAGUCGCUGUGCAGGUCUCUGGACGAAGUUCAACCCUACACCCUGCCUUUCAAGCCCUACGCUUGGAGCGGCCUCGCGGGGUCCGACCUGCGGCACCUGGUGCAGAGCUACCGGCAGUGCACCGCCCUGGAGCGCAGCGCCGGCCUGAGCCUCUUCUGCGAGCGCGGCGGGGAGCCGGGCCAAUCGGCCCCGUUGUACGGCCCUGAGCCGGCUGCGGGCGGAGCCGGUGCGGGGCCACCAGGGACCUGCGGUGCUGCGGGCGGAGCCACCGGCGGCUCUGGCCUGGGGCUCUACGGAGAUUUCGGGCCUUCGGCGGCCGGGCUCUACGAACGGCCGAACGCAGCAGCGGGCCGGCUGUACCAAGAUCGCGGCCACGAGAUCCACGCAGACAAGAGCGUGGGCGUCAAGGUGGAGUCAGAACUGCUGUGCACCCGCCUGCUGCUGGGCGGUGGCUCCUACAAAUGCAUCAAAUGCAGCAAGGUGUUCUCCACACCGCACGGGCUGGAGGUGCACGUGCGCCGGUCCCACAGCGGCACGAGACCAUUCGCGUGCGAGAUGUGCGGCAAGACCUUCGGGCACGCGGUGAGCCUGGAGCAGCACAAAGCCGUGCACUCGCAGGAACGAAGCUUUGACUGUAAGAUCUGUGGCAAGAGCUUCAAGCGGUCGUCCACGCUGUCCACACACCUGCUCAUUCACUCGGACACCCGGCCCUACCCCUGUCAGUACUGUGGCAAGAGAUUCCACCAGAAGUCCGACAUGAAGAAACACACCUUCAUCCACACAGGUGAGAAGCCCCACAAAUGCCAGGUGUGUGGCAAAGCAUUCAGUCAGAGCUCCAACCUCAUUACCCACAGCAGAAAGCACACGGGUUUCAAGCCCUUCGGCUGUGACCUGUGUGGGAAGGGCUUCCAGAGGAAGGUGGAUCUCAGGCGGCACCGGGAGACGCAGCAUGGACUCAAAUGAGCACGGUGGCCGUCUGCACAGCAGCUGCGAACACUACUGUAGAGGACUGCCUGCCUCCCAGCCCUGCUCAGACCCUGGCAAAGCUCACUAUGGCUUUCCCCUUCACCCUCCUUCCCAAAGCUGCUGGGGACUGAACUCCCUUUGCAAAGGUCAGCUCAGAGUGGGAGCCACAACCACAGCAAUUGUCUGAAGAUGCGGAUCCGAUGAAAUCUCGCACCUCCCAGGCUUUCGCUUUUCUGCUCUUGUCUCACAGGCAGGAAAGAACUCACUUUGGUCACUGGCUGAUGCAUUAUUUAGAAAGGACGAGCAUUACUCUUCUGAAGACACUGGUUUAGGGAAGGGGCUUCAUUCCUUUGAAAUCACCAGACGCACCACCGUCAAGCUUGUCAGAAAGAAGCAGGGGAAAAAAAGUGGACUUGGUGAUGAGAGGGACUCAGAGGUCCUCUGUGGUGUCAUCCGAGGAGGUGGCACUGUGGGAAGAUGUCCUUCAUCUACUCAGCAAGUGUUAUUGACCGCAGCUUAUCAGAGUAAGGAACUGGGGAGCCAGAGAUUGAAGUCAGCUGCCCCUGCCCCUCAAAUGCUAGCGGUUGAAUCUCAAAGUAGCUAGAGCCCGUGUUCUCCUCCUCCAAGGGAGUUCUGAAAGACCACACAAAUAUUCAGACUUCCUACUUGACACUUUUGGGGCUUCGCAAGUGUAAACAAAAAGCAACUGGAGGGUCAUUUUAAAAAUUCAUGGGCAAAUCCAGUUUUUAUUGUUAAGUGGAUCCUUUACCAGCCUGGGCUGGUAGAUGUGGGGCAAAGGCAUUGACUCUCAACUCCUGCCCCUUGUGUACC